AGACGUUGAUCACAUACCUCACAUUGAUCGCUUGAAUGGUACUCUCUGGAGGGUAAUUUGUCAGGCAGGAGGGAUGAAAAAUGGUACACAUGAGACAAGCCGCCACUCAUGUAAAUAAUUGUUAAUAAUUGUGAAAAGAGGAUCACAUCAAAAACAGAAUUUCUCUGAUCAAUGGCAAGGUUGGGUGAAUGAAACUCUCGUGGUGAAUGGAACUACACAACAAUUGAUGAAGCACAAAAAUAUAAAAAAAGAAAAAAAUAGAAAAAAAGAGGGAGAGAAUUUAUUUAGCGUAAAAUUGGCCUCACAAUUUAACGAUAAUAUGAUUUUUUUUUUUAUGCAAGUUAAAGUUAUAUUUGUCAAUUGAAAAGACAUAAAUUCAAUAAUGACUCUUCUGUGUGUUUUUUUUGUUAUAUACCUUCUCAAUCUGUCUCUUCUGUACCUUUGGGUGCAUUCAGUUAGGAGAAAAGGUGACAUAAUAGCCCCUGAAAAAGUACAUUUUGCGUAUACAAAAUACCCUCUUAAGUGUAUGAUAUUAUAUAUCGAGGCAAUUGGCAACAGAAGCUCUUUUGCUUGGGAAUAUCUAUUAUGUGCUUAGUAUUCUUUUUCCUAAAGUCCUACACCAGGUAAAUUUGAGGACCAAGUGAGUGUGUUAUAAAAUCAAGAGUCACAUCCACAAUCCUCUUAGUGCACUGUUGGACUUUUAGCAAAGUGGCGGGAAGUUCUGUGUUAAAAAAUGUCGCGAUCCUUUUUUGUCGAAUCAAUAUUGCGCAGUGACAAAGAGUCACCAACUCCACUGGAGGAUACCAAAAGAACCUCCCCAGGACUAUAUACAAGAUUACCCAAUUAUACGGAUUACACUAUUGAGAAUUAUCUCUUGAGCCUUGGAACACUAAGGCAUCCAUUGACUAGAGAAACUGUACCCAGUGCUUGGAGCCCGGCUCCCUAUACGCCUACCUAUGUAUCCAGAUCACCACCUACCCCAAAGGAUAAAUCCAGCGAUGAAGAGACCUCUGUAAAGAGAGCUCGCACAGCCUUCAGUAGUUCUCAAUUGCUGGAGCUAGAGCGGGAAUUUGCAUCAGAUAUUUACCUAACUCGCCUGAGAAGGAUUCAGAUAGCAAAUGCUCUAAAGCUAUCUGAAAAACAAGUGAAGAUUUGGUUCCAGAAUCGCAGAGUUAAGAUGAAGAAGUGUUCCGUUGAUUCGAGUCCAGGAAAGACGUGCCAGGGACAUUUGUGCCACUGCAGACAAACCCAGACAACUCCAAAACCAUCAAUUCAGUUAUAGGAUUUUAUUUGCUACUUAGGUUUUUUUUAAUUGGCUGUGCCAUUCCAAGAUUCUUGGUAGUUAGUGAAUUUAAAUGAUAAUGGCUCCGGCACACCUUUUAGAUCAGGAAAAUUUCGUGGAGUCUAAAUUCGCAUCUCUUUCUAUCUCAAACCUAUUGCAUAUGUCUAUCUCACUCUUUCGCACUCUUCUUCUUCAUUUAAAAAUCACAACAAAUUAAAUUUAGCUCAACUGAAUUUGAAAUGCGAAAGAACAUUGAUAAAGAAAGGGAUGUGAAUUUUGAUUUCAUGAAAUUUUCCUGAUCUAAAAGGUAUGUCGGAGUCAUUAAUAAAUUUUUGUGUUGAAUAAAAAUUGGUAUGAUAAAAUAUCAAGUAUAAAGCGAUUCAACUUUGAAAAAGCUGUUACGCUUUUUGGAAAAUUUUAUUCCAAUGAAAAUUGUAUUAUAAAAAUAUUUACCAGAUUGAAUUUUCAUUAUGUUUUAUUUACAUUUCCACGAGAAAAAAUUAUAUAAGGAAAUAAAGACUGAUUAAAC